AUGGGAACUUUUGUGACCCUGGCAGAAGUGCUAGAGGCCAGGGGUUCGCCACUAGAUGAGGAUGAGGUCUGGUGUCUGCUGCUUGUGACCACUGAGGCCUUACUGGAUGUUUCCAAGAAAGGUUCUGGCAACAUGUGCAGUGUGCUCAGCCCAGGCUCGGUGCUACUGUCCGCUAACGGGCAUAUGGCCUUCAAGAGCUGCGGGCGAAAUGAUGAUGUGGCCUCUUUCGUGGCUCCUGAAGUUCUUCAGGGUCACACUGCCUCCACAAGAACCACAACUGAAAAGACACUUGUGUACUCACUGGGCAUGACUUUUUACUGGUGCGUGGAUUAUCAACUACCUCAAAACCAGCCUGUUCAGCUAAGUGCAGAACUGGAGGGUUUACUCUUGAGCAUGUGCGAGGACACAGUGUUGAGGCGGAUGGACCUGAUGACAGUGCUAGAGACCUGCGAGCUUCACCACAAGACCUUGAUGCUUCCUCCAGCCGAGCGGCUUGUCAAGCAUCUAGUUGAAGACAUCUACACAAACUCGACUGAUCCUGUGCCGGUGAGAGAAAAUGGAUCCCUGCUGAAUGAUCGCAGUCAGAUCAUCAGAGACAAAUUACACAGGCGGACGUUUUGUCACUCUACAUGGGUAACAAAGAAAAAGAUCUCCAGAACAUUCUCGGGAGCAUCGUACACACCUGAGUCCACAGGGAUCCCCUCUGGUUGUCGACAUGCUGAGAGUAAUGGGAGCUGGCAGCAGUUCAAUAGCACGUACCUGGAUGGGCGUCGACGUGCUAACUCGAGAUUUCUUGCACAGUUUGAAUCCACGAUGAGUCUGAAUGAAAAGAAAAUGAAGGAAACAGGUCCAGAAUUUAUUAGAAUGUCGGACGAGCCAGUGGUUGUCUUGGAGCUCCCUGGAUCCAUUUUGUCAAAAAAAGGGAAAUCUCCUACGACGCAGAGAGAGCUGACUGUGGUGAUGCCAAACGGACAGACCAUAGCCAUCAAAUGCGAGGUGAAAUCCAGAGGCGGAGAUGUGUUUGAUAUGAUUGUCGCUCAUGCCAACCUGGUGGAGCACUUUUACUUUGGCCUUGCUUACAUUGACGAUAAUGAGUUUUUCUUUGUGGACAACGAUACCAAGAUUUCCAAAGUUGCUCCAGAUAGCUGGAAAAAAGUGCCUUCAACCACCUUUGUCCUUUUCUUCAGGAUCAAAUUUUUUGUCAACGAUAUUUCAACGAUUUUGCACAAGCAGACCCAACACCAGUACUACCUCCAACUCAGAAAAGACCUCUUGGAUGACAGAUUGUCCUGCCAUGAAGAGACUGCUCUGUAUCUCGGAGCUUUAGCCUUGCAAACAGAGUACGGGGACUGCAUGCCUGAGGUGUAUGGUAGAAACUACUGUCGCCCUGAUCAGUACGUCCCCAAAACUGUGAUGGAGAAACGUGCCUUGCCUUUUAUUCUUGGAGAACUGCAACGGCUCCAUACUAACAAUGCCCAGAUGCUCUCGGAUGAGUCAGAACUUGAGUUCCUCAAGGUGUGUCUGCAGUUGCCUGAAUACGGUGUCUUGUUCCACCGUGCAACACGUGAAAAAAAGCCUGUAGAAGGAGAAAUCAUCCUUGGCGUUUGUGCCAAAGGCGUUAUGGUCUAUGAGGUGAAAGAUGGCUGCCGGAGCACCAGCCAGACGUUUCAUUGGCGGGAGACCGCAACUAUUUCCUCCAAUAGGCAUAGAUUUAUAAUAGAGUGCCGAGCCAACAAGAAGAAACACACCUUCAUCACAGAGACGUCAAAGAUAGCCAAAUACCUGUGUAAUCUCUGCUCAUCCCAGCACAAGUUUAACAAUGAAAUGAAUUCUCGUCAGCUCAGUCACAGCAUGGUCUCAGAAACUCCAACUAAACAAGGGUCAUCGUCAGACCGAGAGGUCAUAUGCGUUUCCCUCAAGAAAGACCCAAACCUCGGACUCGGCAUCAUGAUUGUGGGAGAAGACACAGUGGGACGUUACGACCUGGGCAUUUUUAUUGCAUCUGUAGUGCCUGGGGGACCUGCUGAUAAGGAUGGACGUAUACGGCCAGGCGGUCGCCUGAUCUCUCUGAACCAUAUCAGCUUGGAGGGCGCCACCUUCAGCGAGGCAGCGGAGGUCAUGCAGAGCAGCCCUGGGGAGGUGCAGCUCAUUAUCUCCCAGCCAAAAGCCCCCCAAACUCCCAAAUCUCUACGGCCUUCAGCUUUGAAGAAUUGUGAUUCGCAAACCACGGUGACGGCAUAUGGACAGUCAGGAAAUGACAGCUUGGAUGAGAUUGUGUCAGUCAUGAUGGAGCCAAAGACCAACUACAGACUACAUCCUCCCCAAGAAGUCCGCAUCCUGAAUGCGCAGGACGACAGCUCCCUUUCUUCCCCUCUGAACUGUGUGAGGUCGAAGGAGACCACCGUGAACCUCAAGAAGGUAGCAGGAAGUAUGGGCAUCAGCAUCACUGGUGGUGUCAACACUAACGUUCCCGAUGGUGGAAUCUACAUCAAGAGCCUUGUUCCAGGAGGGUCCGCUGAGAGAGAUGGACGCAUACACGCAGGUGAUAGGAUAUUAGAGGUUGACGGGAUCAGUUUUCAAGGUGUCACCUAUGAGCGGGCUGUGGAGUGUCUGUGCAAAACUGGGGAGAUGGUGACUUUAGCUGUGGAGAGUGUCCCCACAAGCUUUGCCAGGGUUUCUCUGAGCACCUACACCGAUAGCAGUGAUCCCAAUCAUAACGUCGAUGUAGCUACGAGGGAGCUCAGGACCACCAAUUGCUCAUCCGUUAGCACACAUUCCCGCAUACUCUGUGAUCGGCUGAGGGACUGCAACUUCGUUACUAACGAAAAUACACAGGAAGUGACUCUGACUAGGAGUGCCAAAGGUCUGGGCUUCAGCUUCGUUAUGUGUGAGCUGGACCCCCCCAUUCCGGACUUGGGCAGCCUGAUCCGGAUAAAGGAGCUUUUCCCCGGCCAGCCGGCCCAAUUGAGCGGCAAGAUCAAUGAGGGAGAUGUGCUUUUGGCCAUCAACGGCCAAUCCCUCAAGGAGCUGUCUUAUCCAAAAGUACUGAAGCUGUUCAAGACGUCUGGUCUUGAGGUCCGGUUGACUCUCUGUAGGCCUUCACCAGGGAAGCUUCCGACCAUCGAACAGCUGACAGGAACAUGAGUGAGGCAUGUGUCACACUGCAGCUACCAAGAACUUACAGAAGCACUGCUUUGCUUCCUGAUCAGACAGAACUGAGAUAUGAAUAUUCUUCCGCUUAACCGUAGCAGCGUACUGAUGAACUGACUGCAAUUGAAAAAUGUGUGUCAGUAAUUUUUCUUGGAUCGGAGAACCAACGCAAAGGUGAGCAACUAACAGUAUCAAUAUAGUAUCAGUAUUUGUGAGACUUGUGUUGAUAUUAGCGGCACGGUGAUUCCGCUGGUAAAGCGUUGGCCUCACAGUUCUGAGGACCCGGGUUCAAUCCUGGCCCCGCCUGUGUGGAGUUUGCAUGUUCUCCCCAUGUCUGCAUGGGUUUUCUCCAGGGACUCCGUUUUCCUCUCACUUUCCAAAAACAUGCCACAUUAAUUGGACACUCGAAAUUGCCCCGAGGUGUGAUUGUGAGUGCGACUGUUUGUCUCGAUGUGCCCUGCGAUUGGCUGGCAACUACCUCAGGGUGUACCCCGCCUCCUACCCUUUGACAGCUGGGAUAGGCUCCAGCACUCCCCGCGAUCCUCGUGAGGAUAAGUGGCAAAAGAGAAUAGAUGGAUGGAUGUGUUUAUAUUACCUACUGACAUAGAUGACUUUUGAUAAAUUUGUUGGUUCUCUCUAAAAUAGAUACGGUCUAAGUGAUAAAACAUUUAAAAUAUCUUUAUUCAAAUGCCGUAAACUGAGUUGGUGGGAAAUGUUAUCAAGCAUCUACCACAAGGUGGCAGAUUUGUCCUGAAAAUAGUUAGAUGCCCAAAACCUUUUGAUUUAUUAUUUUUAUUUUUUCCUUGUUCAAUAGGGUUCAUCAUUAUUUCUCUUACUUGCCUGUAGGUUGCUGUUAUUUUUAUUCCAAUUACAAAGGAAACUGGAAUUUACACUAAGAAGAUGCAGUCAUUAUGGUCUUUUGAGGAUAAUUGAGCUUUCAUACACUGUAAAUAUAUAAUACAGUAUAUAAAAUAAUUUAAACCAGAAUCUGACCUCUACCUUGACCCCUUUUUUUAUUUUUAGGAAAACACAAAAUAAAUAUCAAGUCAAUUUAGGCAGCACAGACACCCGCACACACCUCCCUGGGCCGAGGAGGAGCCAGUAAUAGUCCCUCGUAAAAUAAGGGUUCCUGUAUUUUGGAGAAACCCAGUAGUGCAUCUGGAUCUCAUCACAACUUGUGCUCCCUUUGCAAAUGAUCCCAAAUGUUUCUAAUUAUGCCAGUGGAGACGGCCCAAGGCUGUUUGACUGUGUGUGUGUGUGUGUGUGUGUGUGUGUUGUGUGUGUGUGUGUGUGUGUGUGUAUGUGUGUGUGUGUUUUUGUGUGUGUAAUCGCCCUGAAGGACAUGCACACCCAAACACUGGCCUCUGUUUAUUCAUGAGCGGAGAAAGAGAAAUGGACAGCGCGGUCUUGACCUCUGCAGCCUCCGCUUAGGUCACUGCACGUGGUGAUGACUGAUGAGGGAAUGGGGGAGUCUGGACAGAUUUUCACUCAGCGUUCCCUUUUGACGUAACAGUGGGGACGUGAGUAUAAAAUUCCGUCAUGAUCUCGAAACAUUUUCUAAUAUCUUGUUGGUCUUUACCACAAACCUUGGUUGAAUACCAAGACAUGGUCCAGGAGAACCUGUCAAAAUUUGGUUCACAUCUUGAUAAAAGGUCCCAACAGAACAACAACCCUUUACACUUUUCACAAUUUGACUCAAUAUGGCUUCCCCAGAGGCGUUGUCCGUAUUCAUUUGUACAGUUUACGGCACCCUCCAUUAAUCAGGAUACACAAAUGAACACAAACUAGUACUUUUGGAACUGUGGUGUGUGAGCAAUGGAAGAACUCUCUUAAAACUAUUUUUAUUUUUGCCGUUUGGUUUUGGUGUAGAAGUUGCUCUGUAUGACACCAAUCCAUCUCCUAAGUUUCAUUGUGUUAUUGAUUUUCUUUUUUUAAUCUAUGUAAUCAUACUGGGCACGUAUUAGUUAUAUUAUGUGGCUAUCAAAAAACAUGACACUAGUGUGAAUUGAAGUAAUUCAUAAUGAAUAUUCCCCAAACACACUUUCCAGAUAUCAAAAGCUCAAAACAUAAUCAUUUGUCAACAUUAGCUGCCUUGCAGAAGUAACUCUUAUGAACAAACCAUCAUAUUAAUAAUUUUCUGUGUCAAGAUCUUCAACCUGAAACCUCUGGACUAUGUCCACAAAGAAAAAAAAAUUGGAUUUAUUCCUGCCUACUUCAGCUGCGUCACUAACUGUAAGCAAAAAGAUUGGCCGUGAUGAGAAUUAAGGGCACAACCAUAAAACUAGGUGGGUGCUUUUGCCAACACGAGGACACGGAUAAACGUGAUUGUUGUAAUGCUCGGGCUGCGUGAAACACCACCCAGACAAACGGGCACAAUGAUGCACUUUUGCAGGCCUCAAAAGCCUUGCUCAGCAUCAGAGGUCAUUGUUCACUUUUUCCAUUGCAGCUCCGGUCGAGAGACAGCAAUGCAUGCUGGGAGCACGCAUCAGGCCAUUUUCCUCUUUCGUUGUCCCCUCUCAUUCAGCCAUUUCCACAUGUAAAGCAAUAAUACAUAAAGUGGACCGCCCGUGAUUGAAAACAAACCGUGUUUUUGCAAUGGACCAUGAAUCCAUCACCAGGGCAUCACUUAAGGGAAGGAAAAAGUACUCCAGUCCUAUUUAAGGGAAAUCCGUAAAUAUGCUAUUAGUGGUGACUGAAAACGGAUAUUCCAAGUAUAAUUACAUCCUGACCAGAAGUACCUAAUCAUGAAAACAAUAGUAAUUGAGCAUUUUUAAGGAGCAAAGCACCUAAACAGGAAUUGAGGGGACGUCACUGAAGAAGGAGUAGUAAGACGGUAAAAAAGUUACAAUGCGUCAAAUUAAUGGAUAAAAGUUGAUGAGGCUUUUAUAUACAGUUCAUGCACACAUGGGUCUUUGCUGUGAAGCCAUCAUGUGUCAACAAAGUUUAGUGUGGAAGGUCAUCCCAAGAGGAGGCUGGAAGAAAUCUACAGCUUUUGCGACGGAAGUGAUCGUUAUGUGGGUCCGCCGCAUUAGGAAAGCAAAAAAGGGUUAAGAGAUGAGCAUGGAGCCCCAGGGUCGUCCUUUAGCUGGAAAUGACUGUAAAAGAUUUGCUCAUUUGACAACAGGAAUAUGAUACUUAAGAUGCCUAAUGAAAUUGGGGCGAAAGAUAAUCUUUUUCCAACAUGUGAGUAUUCACCUUGUAAAUAAGUCAUCAUAUUAGCGAGCCCCAGUAAUUCUCGGCCAUCCAUUUAUUACAGGACUGCAAUGGCUUUGGUUUGCUGUUUGGAAGAAAAGAACAAAAGUUCAGCAGUACAACAAAAGGAGGCAGUAAAAAAAAAAUCAAAAAUUGAUGAAUGUGAUCUCGGAAACACCCUUAGUCAGUCACACCGUUACCUUCACAUCUGGUAAUGAUAUCCACUUUCAUUCCUCCAGUGUACAUUAAACUCAAAUGCAAACAGACCAAGACUCAUUAAUAAUAUUGCUACCCCUUCGUUAACAAUGAAAACACCACAAUGCUCAUUGAAAUAAAUAAAGGUAAUAAUAAAUGACAUAUGUCAUGAAAAGUAUUUAAAGUGUCAGCGAUAUUGUUCACAGUUGUACUUUUACAAUUUAUACUUUUUUUAAUUAAUCACUUUUUAUCAUUCUAAAGAACUGCAUCCAGAAUUCUGGGUAAUAUUGUAUAGCCUUUUUUUUUUUUUAGGUCUGAGCUAUACUACCGCUGUAGCUACAAACCAUCUGUGCAACGAAACAAACAAGUGCUCCUCCUUCAAAGUUUCACAUCAAAAGCAGGAAUGAUCCAUACAGCAGAUCUAUAGAAGAAGAAGAAGCAAGUGAGAGGAUUUUACAAUAAUGAUAACAACAGACUGAUGAUGCUGGGAUUUUACUCGGACCGUGUCAGAGGAAUAAAUUCCUACUAAACCUUAUAACUAAGCAAUUCUGAAUGUUUACAUAAUAGAAGCUACAAAUGUAUCUACUACUUGAUGUCCCAAAAUAUGUGAACAUGGGAAUUGAAUUAAUUUUCUGCCUAUUUCUACUUGUGCUGCCUGUCCGAGCAUAACCAUUGGGCUUUUUCUAGUUUGCUGAUACUUUUACAGCACGAAGAAGGUACAGAAGCUCCUACUAUAGCAAAUGCUAUGCAGACGUCAUACACGCUGUACUCUGUCUCCUCUAUUACUGUAAAACCUGGGCGUACAGUUGGGAGUCAUAAUGGCAGCAGUCUUCUUUGUGGCUACUUCCCCAAAUUUCCUAGUGAGGAUGCUGAGGCAUUCCCAGGCCAACUGUGAGAUAUUUCCUCCAGUGUGUCCUAGUUCUGCACCGAGGGCCUCCUCCCAGUUGGAAGUGCCCAGAACACCUCAUCAGGGAGGCGCCCAGGAGCAUCCGGAAUAGAUGCGAUCUCAACUGGCUCUCCUCCACGGGAAGCACCAGACUGAUGAUGAGGGGCCUCGACUCGUCACCUCCUCCCAAACGGCCAAACUACUUAUAUAAAAGGGUGAGCCCAGCAGAGGAAAUACAUUUCCACCACUUCUAUCUGCAACUUUGUCCUUUCUGUUCGUUCUUGACCCCAGGUGAGAUGUUGACCAUGACACUCCAAUAUAAUGUCUACAUCACUGUUGAUGCUACACAAAUUCCCCGGUUAGAUUUCACUGGUGCAACAGCAACAGUGAUCUGGACUGACACAUCUUUCCUUCAGUCAAGAUCCCACAAUGUUUAAAUUCCUCCACUAAAGUCAGGAUUGCAACCCCAAGUCAACGGGUGCAAAACACUCUUUUCCAACCAAGAAUUGUGGCCUCUGAUUCAGAGUAGCUGGUUUACAUUCCGACUGCUUUACAUCGAAACAAAACCAUCAGAAUCACAUUAUCCACAAACGGCGGUGUGAGUUUAGAGUUGACCCUCCACAAGACUGGAAUCUCAGAAUGUGGACACACAAGUGAGUGUUUUAAUGGUUAAAACACAGUCCAUUGCAACUUUACUGCAUGGAUCCUGCAACAGGGGGCCACCCGGGUUUGCAUGUGAAAAUGUGAAAGAAAUAAAUCAGAUGGUAGCUUGUGUUUUACAAUAGGAGGGUUUUAUGAACUCGACCUGCAGAGUGUACAAACCUGUGCAAGGUAGGCAGAGCAUAGUUGCGAAUGUUCCACCGAGGGUUCCUGUUAAGGAUUGUGGGUCUCUUAGCUGGCCAAGAUGAAGAAAACAUCUCGUGGAUGUCCCUCGUGGAUGCGGAAUGAAUUGUGAAAGCAAUAAUCUUCUUGUCAUGUAUCUUGCAGGAGAAUCCGACAAAUAAACGCAUACACGAUUUACAACUCACACGUGUUGUAAAUCCAACUUGUCUGAUCAGAAUUUAUUUCUUCCUCUUUUUUGGCAAACAGUUUCCUUUAUCUCCAGCUUAGAUGCACCACACUGGGACACUCUGCCUCUCUGCAGCAGUUAACAUCACCUGCCGUGAAUCAUGCAGCAAAACCGCAUCAGGUCCAGACAAGUUUUACAAGACCUACCCUGUCCGAAAUGCCCCCCCCCCCCCUUUCAACCCACUGCUCUUUCCCCCACCGGUGCUAUUUUGUUUUUCAAACCAUUCAUGAUAACCCACUAGUAAAGACAAGUUUGAGGAAAAUAUUCAUUGAUAGUGACUGAAAUUAAAUCAUGAGGGGAAAAGCAAUAUCCUGUUCUGUAUCUUUUCCAAUGGUUUCUUACUUUGCCGAUGUCAACGCCCCCAUAUAAUAUUUAAAGGAAACUUGGUUCAUUAGAUGUCAUGUAGUUGUAGAUUAUGUUUUUCUGGUUUGUUUGUUAUUCAUAUAACUCAAAAACUUGACCGAAGGUUUGAUUACAUUGUGUGAUGCUUUGUUUGUCAGGGUCCCAGCACACCUGCGCCUCAUCCUCGUUGAGUAACCCCUAUAUUUAUAGGCCCCAGGGGACGACUGGUCUUCGCCAGAUUGUCGCAACUCAUGCCCCGUUCCUGCACUCCCGUAUUCUUGAUCGUCAACCCUAGUGCACCGACCUUCGCCUGUCCUCCGACCGACCCCGUAAGCCUGACGUCUUUGAUACUCCUGCCUUGUCUGAUCGAUCUUCCGUGUACCGACUCCUGCCUGCCCACGGACCUGUUCUCUACGCCCGGCGUCCUGAUUACCGCUGCCCCACUUGACUGUCUGCCCAAUACCCGACUUUGGACCGAAUAAACACUUUUCCCGAACUAUCUUUGCGUCUUCGGAGUCCUGCAUUUGGGUCCUCCCUCCGUACCGAUGGGUCGUGACAUUGUUAUCGUUCACAACCAAAGUGCUGAUCAUUUAUUUCAGGAUCUUCCAUCCAUUCAUCCAUCCAUUUUCUUAAGUCACUUAUCCUCACAAGGGUCACAGGGAGUGCUGGAGCCUAUCUCAACUGUCAAUGGGCAGGAGGCGGGGUACAUGCUGAUCUGGUUGCCAGCCAAUCACAGGGCACAUCGAGACAAACAGCCGCACUCACAAUCACUCUGAGGGGGAAUUUAGAGUAUCCUAUUCAUGUUGCAUGUUUUUGGAAUGUGGGAGGAAACCAGAGUGCAUGGAGGAAACGCACAUAAGCACAGGGAGAACAUGCAAACUCCACAAAGGCAGGUACAGGGUUGAACCCGGGACCUCAGAGCUGUGAGGCAAACGCUUUCCAGGUGAGCCACUUUGCCGCCUAUUUCAGGAUUAGUGAAACAAAAUUGAACUAUGUCCCUGCAGACAGCAAAACAUAGUUGUAGCACUCAAAACAGGGGCUUGUAUCCAUCGCUUAUUGAAAUAAUUCCUUCAUCCCUUGUGUGCAGGGAAAGUUCCAGCUUGAUCCUUUACCAGCUAACACUGGACGAGCAGUACCUGGGACAAAUCAUCAUCACAGAAAUUUGUAAUAGAAGGACAAUGAUUUCACAAAAAGAGAAGAAUGUGAAGAUCCAAUGUUUCACUGAAGUUUUCAUGCUCUAAUUAAAAAAAAUAAAUAAAAAAAAAGGCGAUGUUACUCCAUCUUAUCAAAGUGGAGCAGUACAAAUAUUACACAGUGACCACUCUUUACCGCCCUCGCAGCUAUUUUAUUGAACAACUCAAUCGCGGCUUGAAAAAUGAAUCCAUGUGGUUCUUUUCCUUCUUUCCUUUUCACUCCUUUCACCCUUAACUCUACCUCCACAGGCCUCUCCUGUUGUUUUGCCCUAAUGAAUCUCAGAGGAUGAGCAGGUAAAUCCACAGCUGUAAAUCCCAGAACUGAAUCAAUUUGUCCAUUUCCCGUAAAAUUGUAGCUGGUUAAAAAAAAUGUUAAAUGCUUUGCCCUGCAAAUGUUUUAUUGAGUGGCAGAGAUCCCAGUAAAUCAUUUCAUGUCAUUUAUUUUACAAAUCACCAUCUCGGGACAUCUUGUUGCAAUCAACACUCAAAAUGGAUGAUUUAAAGCAUGACAUCUGCACAGGUGGAUUGUAAAUGGAAUCAAGGAACAAUCCAAGCAUUGACGUUUGGAAGACAAGAUGUGCACAAUUGGACAUGAACGAUGGCUCAAAUGUGUCCUCGGUUAUUCUUUAGUAACUGGAUUCUUCACUUUUCAGCGAACAAAUGAGGUUAAAUUGGUAAACCAACACUACUAAUUCCGCCAAACUGUUCCAUUUGUAAACUCUCACAGACAAUAUUUGAUGACUCAAAGUCAAGACUGGUCUGCGGAUAUUUUGUUGUCUAACGUUGGACUCUCUUGAGCGUUGAUAGAUUACCUCAACCAUUUAGUUGACCGCGUAUCCAUCUUUUUUUAUGUUACUGUAGAUUUGUUUGCACAAAUCCACUGGCCUCCAACUGUAAAAACGCUCUUUUAUCCAUAUGGUUCCAAUAAAAAUUUAUUUUUACAUUACGCAGUA